AUGCAGCAAAGUUCUUCUGACUUGCUAAUCAAGUGCGUUUAUUUUAUGCCAAUUAACCGUGCAUCAGAAACAAUGAAGAAAUUCGUUCCACUAACUAGAAAGCCAAAUUUACCUAAGCAUUCCAUUGACUUGAAUAUUGACAUAAAAUGGGCAAGAGUUCAUAUGCUGCCGACAUCUGGAAACUUAAAAUCCAAAAUUAGAGCGACUAAUACAAUUCUACAUUGUAAUAAAGGUAGUGGCAACAGUAAUUCAAACCUAACUACCAAAAGAAAAGAAAGCAGCAGCGGUGCUGACAAGAAUUCUCUUCGUGACACCCACAUGAAAAGACAUUUACAUCCUAGUUUUGUUUUAACUGCUUCAAGUCAAAGGCUGUUUGUAUUUACCGAAGCACUAAUUCUAAAUUUUACCAUGACACUCGUAAAGUUAUGCAUUCGUACAUAUAUUGCAAAAAGUGUAAAGGUUUGUGGCCGUGGCUUUAACCACUUAUCAUUAAUCGAACGUGGUCUUAUCAACAGCAUGAUCAGUGAAAACUUCACCACAUCUUUGCAUAGACAACAGCAUAUGGCCAAUUUGGCUAGAUGGGGACGGAAAAAUGUUGUCUUACAAAAAGAGGGUAAACAGAUAGAUUGA